AUGGUCGGGAACGAGAUUGUCUCUAAAAUGGAGGAGCAACGAAAAGUAGAGGUGGAUGGCAGUGAUCAUAUUAGAGACUUGGCUGACUUAAAAUCCAAGCUUAGUCGACUAGAAAUUGAAGUGGGAUCUGAAUCUUCAUUACCAUCAAGUGUAAAGCUACAAUGUCCCAUGGUUCCAAAUAGGUUGCGACCGGAUGUCAAGGAUGCUGAACACUCCAACUUUGCGCCAAAACUCAUUUCUUUGGGUCCCUACCACCAUGGCGAGCCUCACCUGAAGGGUGGAGAAAAGAUCAAGCUUAAAUUGGCAAAAGAAUACGUCGAAAACUGGGGACGUUUGGAUGAAAUUUACCACACAAUUAACGAUAGCAUUGGUAAGCUGAAGGAAUGUUAUGAUGCGAAGUCCACAAAGAAAUAUGAGGAUGACCAAUUAACCAUCAUGAUGCUGGUGGACGGGUGUGCUUUAGUCUGUUACAUUUUAAACAUUUGUUUGGGUUUUGGCCCUAAAUAUUUGAAUCUCAGAUAUCAAGAUAUAAGGCUUCUGAACCAGGAUGCGUUGCUGCUGGAGAACCAACUUCCCUAUCAAUUACUCCUUGAGCUGACGAAGGGACCAAGAGCGGCCAAAUUUUGGUGGACGGUCCUGUUGCUAGAAUUCUUAGGAAUCUACGAUGAGUCAAUAUUUGAGGAAUUUAUCAUCAAUGAGUCAUUCUUGCAAAAAAUGAGGAAUUAUUGUCGCCUCUUGUUCCUUGACUCCAAAUCAAAGUUGAAAAGUCCUAAUAACGAGUCAAAGCCUUGUCAUCAUCUCCUCGAUCUCUUUCGAAGAAAUUUCCUAGGCGAUGAACGUUCCAGCAACCGAACGCACCAUUUGGAAUGUCCUUCGUCAUCGGAUAUUGAAAUUGGCCGAAGGCUGGGUGGAGCAUCAGUUACAGAUGUGAAUGAGGUUAUAGCAUCAUUUAGAAAUAUGAAGGAGCUGAUGGACACUGGAAUCCGCAUCAAGCGCAGUCCUACACGUCACUUGAGAGACAUUUCUUUCCAUUCAAAUGGGAUCACCGCAUGCCUGAGAAUUCCUUGCAUCACCAUUGAUAACUCGACCAAGGUUAUGUUCUUGAACUUGAUAGCCUAUGAAAUGAGCUCAGACGUCGACCAUGACUUCAUCUCUUACCUUCGCUUCCUUGAUUCCCUCAUUGAUCAUGCUGAUGACAUUAAGGAGCUGCAGUCCGUCGGGAUACUCCAAAACAAUCUAGGCACUCAUGAAAAAGUGGCUCUAUUUUUCAACACGGUGUCCGUCGACUUGGUACCAAACUUUCUUGCUUACAAAGAUGUGAGAGUCAAGAUUCAGAAGCACCUUAAAAGUCACUAUAACAGCAGACUGAAAAUGUGGAUGACACAAAAUUAG